UGCGGCAGUUCAGCAGCAGUUUCUACAGCAGGAGAGGAGACAUGCUAUUGUGAUGUCCCAGUGAGCCAUUUCUGGUAUGUGAACCACAUCUACAAGGAGGAAAUGAAACGUAUAGAGAGAGAGAAUGGAGUUAAAAUCUCUGCAGAGGUUAGGGUGACCUUUGAAUUGGACCGGAAAGAUGGAAGAUCGAAUGCUCUUUCUGAGUUCAUUAACCUCGUCCAGAAGUGCUUAGGUGAAUCUGAAGGCUCAGUUAUUCCUCUCAAGCCCAUAGAUCCAGAAGAGGUGCGAGACACACUGAAAAUCAUCCAGAAAAAUGAGAGCAAGCUUUUGCUCACUCUAAACUCUGAAGAAAUGAUCGUAUGUGGGCCAAGAGAAAGUCAAGAUCUCAUCAAAAAGACCUUAAAUACAUCACAGAAAACCUUUACACAUGCCAACACUUCUGUUGGAGAGCCGACAUGGGCAUCUCAAGACAUAGCACAGAAGAUUGACAUGAGCAUCAAAGACCAGUUCGCUGAUGCCGGGCUAACCAUGGAGGAGAGCUCCUGGAAGCUGCUGACUACAUCCUUCAAUGAGCAGUUAACUAAGAUCAAAACUAAGUUUGGUGUGGAUUUUAAGGAAUCAGACAUCAGUCAAGGCAAAGUCAUCGUCAAACCUUGUUACAAAAGUUCUGGAGGAAAUGCUUCCAUGGAGAGCCAUGCUGUCAGAGCCCUUCUUCAUCUGUACCAGAAGAGUACCACGUCUCCCAUGAACCUCACCCAACUCACCCUCAGUGGACCGGCGUUGAAUGGAGCACACACGGAAGAGGGAGCAACAGCAGGAGACAAUAAAGAGGAAAAGUGCCCCAUAUGCAUGGAUGCAUUUACCAAUAAGAAACAGCUGAAGUGUAAACAUGAAUUUUGUGAGGAGUGCCUGGCACAGUCAAAGAAAAGCAUGGGACCCAUCUGUCCGAUCUGUAAAGAUGUCUUUGGUAUGGUGAAGGGAGACCAGCCUGAUGGAAGAAUGUCAUGGACGUCAGGUUCCUAUUCUCUUGAUGGAUUCCCAGACUGUGGCCAUAUAGUCAUCCACUAUGAUAUUCCAGAUGGAAAACAGACGGAAAAGCAUCCCAAUCCUGGACAGCACUAUUGUGGUAUUAACAGAAAAGCAUAUCUUCCAAACAACAAAGAAGGACAGGAAGUGCUGCACCUGUUGAAGAAAGCGUUUGAUCAGAAGCUCAUUUUCACUGUUGGGACAUCCAGAACCACUGGGAUGGACAACAUGGUGACCUGGAACGACAUUCAUCACAAGACCUCAGUGUCAGGAGGACCAGCGUGUUUUGGGUAUCCUGACCCUGGCUAUCUGAGCAGAGUCCGGGAGGAGCUGAAGGCUAAAGGCAUCAAGUGAAGACUUAAUACAAAGUGGUUGAGGAGAGUCUACUUUUACAUAUAGAAAGAAAUUUAAAAAAUGAAGAUUAUUUAAAAUGAGCAGUUUUGGAAUUCACACAAUAUUAUUUGCUGUUUCUUCUCAUUUUUCAUUUUAUGAGUAAGGGUUGCUUUAAGGUGUACUCAAAACAGCUUGAGAGUUUAUCGUUAAGAAACAUGUACUACACUUUAUCUGUACCUUCACCUAUUAAGCAUAAUUUUCUUUGAUGGAUGUUCUUUUCUUCUUUUUUUUUUUAAAUCAAUUGAGAAAAUUUGACAACUUAUAACAGAAAGAAUGCAACAUAGAUAAAUACAUGUAACUUUACUUUAUGCCUACAGUACACAUGAUGUGAUUUAAAGUUUGCCUAAUAAAUAAUUAAACCAA